UGGUAUCUUCUUUACGUAUUAUCUUCUUUCUUUGUUCUUUGGCAUAGUUUAGAAUUUGUUGCUACUUAUAACCAAAUCCAUCAGAUCAUCUCAUUGAUUUUCUACUUCUUACUUUCUCUUCUUUGAUACCAAACUUCAUCUUUCAUAUAUUAUUCUGUUUCCUCUUAAGUCUUUUUUAUAGCAGAUCUGAAGUUCAGUUUGUUUGUUCCACUUACUAUCCAUAUGAAACUCAUCAUUGAUAUCUUGUAGUUGUUACAUAAAAGCACACCAUUCAUUUUAUUGCUUCCUCUAAGUAUCUUUGGGAGAUCUUUCAAGUUCUUCAGUUUGUUUGUUCCACACACUUUCAAAUCUCAGUUUGUAUUUGUGGUGACAAAGAUCUCAGUUUGUUCUCACACUUUUAGAGGCUUUAAGACUUGUGCUUUAGGCUCAACAUAUCAUGGCAGAGUUGGUAGCCGGGGCAUUUCUUCAGUCUUCCUUUCAAGUGAUUAUUGAGAAGUUGGCUUCCGUUGGUAUCAGAGACUACUUUAGUAGUAACAAUGUUGAUGAACUUGUGAAAGAACUUAAUAUUGCACUUGAUUCUAUCAACCAAGUACUAGACGAAGCAGAGAUAAAGCAGUACCAAAACAAAUAUGUGAAGAAGUGGCUUGAUGAACUUAAACAUGUUGUUUAUGAGGCAGACCAACUAUUAGAUGAGAUUUCUACUGAUGCAAUGAUAAAUAAGCUAAAUGCUGAAUCUGAACCACUUACCACCAAUUUAUUGGGUUUGGUUUCAGCUUUAACUACAAAUCCAUUUGAAUGUAGGCUCAAUGAACAACUGGAUAAACUAGAACUUCUUGCAAAGCAAAAGAAAGAUUUGAGAUUGGGAGAAGGUCCUAGUGCUAGUAAUGAAGGCUUAGUCAGUUGGAAACCUUCAAAAAGGUUGUCAUCUACAGCUCUCGUGGAUGAGUCAAGCAUAUAUGGUAGGGAUGUUGAUAAGGAAAAACUAAUCAAGUUUUUACUUGAAGGCAAUGACAGUGGCAACCAGGUUCCUAUAAUCAGCAUAGUGGGUUUAGGAGGGAUGGGGAAAACCACCCUUGCUAAGCUUGUGUACAAUGACAACAAGAUAAAGAAGCAUUUUGAACUUAAAGCAUGGGUCUAUGUUUCAGAAUCUUUCGAUGUUUUUGGACUCACCAAAGCAAUUCUCAAGUCAUUUAAUCCUUCAGCAGAUGGUGAAGACUUGAAUCAACUCCAGCAUCAACUCCAACACAUGUUAAUGGGAAAGAAAUACUUGCUUGUUUUAGAUGAUAUAUGGAAUGGGAGUGUAGAAUAUUGGGAGCAGCUACUACUUCCGUUUAACCAUGGAUCUUCUGGAAGUAAGAUUAUCGUGACAACACGUGAAAAGGAGGUAGCAUGUCAUGUUCUAAAAUCAACCGAAUUAUUUGAUUUACAACAAUUGGAAAAAAGCAAUUGUUGGAGAUUAUUUGUGACACAUGCUUUUCAAGGAAAAAGUGUGUGUGAAUAUCCAAAUCUUGAAACAAUUGGGAAGAAAAUAGUGGACAAGUGUGGAGGGUUGCCUUUAGCUAUAAAAUCAUUGGCACAACUUCUGCGUAGAAAAUUUUCUGAACAUGAAUGGAUUAAGAUAUUGGAGACCGACAUGUGGCGUUUAUCAGACGGGGAUCACACCAUUAACUCAGUACUGAGAUUGAGUUACCAUAAUCUCCCUUCUGAUCUAAGGCGUUGCUUUUCCUAUUGUUCCAUUUUUCCCAAGGGCUAUAGAUUUGAAAAAGAAGUAUUGAUCAAGCUUUGGAUGGGAGAAGGUUUGCUGAAGUGUUGCGGAUCAGACAAAAGUGAAGAAGAGUUUGGCAAUGAAAUUUUCGGUGAUCUUGAGUCAAUUUCAUUUUUCCAACAAUCAUUUGAUCCAUAUGAGCACUAUGUCAUGCAUGAUCUUGUCAAUGAUUUAACAAAAUCAGUGUCAGGAGAAUUUUGUUUGCAAAUAGAGGGUGCUAGGGUGGAAGGUAUCAAUGAAAGGACACGUCAUAUUCAGUUCUCUUUUCCAUCACAUUGUGAUGAUGAUUUUCUUUUGAAGAAUCCAAAUGGUGUUGAUAACUUACUAGAGCCAAUUUGUGAGCUUAAGGGACUACGAAGUCUGAUGAUACUACAAGGCAUGCGAGCUUCAAUGGAUAUAACCAACAAUGUGCAACAUGGUCUAUUUUCAAGACUAAAAUGUCUGCGGAUGCUAACAUUUAGAGGUUGCUAUCUCUCAGAGCUUGUGGAUGAGAUAAGCAAUUUAAAACUUUUGCGUUAUCUAGACCUUUCAUACACUAAGAUUAGAAGCUUACCUGAUACCAUUUGUAUGUUGUAUAAUUUACAAACACUCUUGUUAAAAGGUUGUCGUCAAUUGACUGAGCUCCCUUCAAAUUUUUCCAAACUCAUCAAUUUACGUCAUCUUGAGCUCCCUUGUAUAAAGAAAAUGCCAAAGAAUAUGGGAAAGCUAAAUAAUCUUCAGACCUUGUCAUAUUUUAUUGUGGAAGCCCAUAAUGAAUCUGAUCUCAAAGAUUUGGCAAAACUCAACCAUCUUCAUGGAACAAUUCAUAUUAAAGGGUUGGGUAAUGUCAGUGAUCCUGCAGAUGCUGCCACAUCAAAUUUGAAAGAUAAGAAGUAUUUAGAAGAAUUUCAAAUGGAGUUCAAUGGCGGAAGAGAAGAAAUGGAUGAAAGAAGUGUGUUAGUCUUGGAGGCUUUACAACCAAAUAGCAACUUGAAGAAGCUCAACAUCACAUGCUACAAAGGUAGUAGCUUUCCAAAUUGGCUAAGGGGUAGUCAUUUACCGAACUUAGUAUCUCUUCAACUGAAGGGUUGUGGGUUAUGUUCCUGUUUGCCAGCACUUGGACAACUCCCUUCUCUCAAGAAACUUUCCAUUUAUGACUGUGAAGGAAUAAAGAUCAUUGAUGAAGAGUUUUAUGGCAAUAAUUCAACAAUUGUUCCAUUCAAGUCCCUUGAAUAUUUGAGAUUUGUGGAUAUGGUCAACUGGGAGGAAUGGAUAUGUGUAAGGUUUCCUCUGCUUAAAGAGCUUUAUAUAGAAAAUUGUCCUAAAUUGAAAAGCACCCUGCCUCAACAUCUUCCUUCUUUACAAAAAUUGAUUAUUUAUGGUUGCAAAGAGUUGGAGGAAUGGUUAUGUCUUGAAGGGUUUCUUUCUCUUAAAGAGCUUUCUAUAUGGUAUUGUUCUAAAUUCAAAAGGGUAUUGCCUCAACAUCUUCCUUCUUUACUAAAUUUGCGGAUCAAUUAUUGCAACGAGUUGGAGGAAUGGUUAUGCCUUGGAGAGUUUCCUUUGCUUAACGAGUUUUCUAUAUCCAAUUGUCCCGAAUUGAAAAGGGCUCUGCCACAACACCUUCCUUCUUUACAAAAAUUGUUCAUUAAUGAUUGCAACAAGUUGGAAGCAUCAAUUCCCAAGUGUGAUAAUAUGAUAGAGUUAGAUAUACAAAGUUGUGAUAGAAUUUUGGUAAAUGAAUUGCCGACCAGCUUGAAAAGUUUACUCCUUUGGCAAAAUCGGUACACUGAGUUCUCUGUGGACCAAAAUUUAAUCAAUUUUCCCUUUCUUGAAUCGUUGCAAUUGGAUUUUACUGGCUUUGUGGAAUGUCCCUCUUUGGAUCUACGUUGCUAUAAUUCUCUUUGGAGACUAUCAAUACAAGGAUGGCAUUCCUCCUCCUUGCCUUUGGAACUACACUUGUUCACCAAUCUUAAUUAUCUGUAUCUGUACGAUUGUCCAGAGCUGGAAUCGUUUCCAAUGGGUGGUUUGCCUUCCAACUUGGGGAGUCUUCAAAUAUACAAUUGCCCAAAACUGAUUGGUUCGAGAGAGGAGUGGGGUUUGUUCCAACUCAAUUCCUUGAAAUCUUUCUUUGUUACGGAUGAGUUUGAAAACGUGGAGUCGUUCCCAGAGGAGAAUCUGCUGCCACCAACGCUAGAGACUCUUGUGUUGAAUAAAUGUUCAAAGCUAAGAAAAAUGAACAACAAGGGUUUUCUCCACCUCAAAUCUCUUAAUUGGCUAUCUAUUUUAGACUGUCCUAGUCUUGAGAGCUUGCCAGAGAAGGAGGCUCUACCCAACUCCCUUUCUGAAUUGAACAUUAGAAAUUGUGGAAUAAUAAAGGAGAAGUAUGAAAAGGAGGGAGGAGAGCUUUGGCAUACAAUUAGUCACAUCCCGAAUGUGUGCAUUGACAACAUUAAGCAGGAAUGAAGGUUAAUUGCACCGCCACAUAGUGCUAGCAAGACCAAGUUAUGGGUCCCACAUACUUUGACUCUUUGUGAAUAUCUGAAUUAAGGUGAACAAAUUUCCCACACACAAGGGUUAUUACAAUUACACUGUUUGGAAGGACAAGAGGGAUUCUUCAUUUGGAAUAGUUUGAAGAGUGGUGGGAAUUUGUUUUUGUAUGAUUUGGGACAAUAUGAGUGAGGGUAGUUUCGGAAAUGAUGAUUGUGGUGAUUGUGUUAGAGAACAAACUCAAUUGGAGUGUGGCGAUUCAAUCUCUGCUCUGAAUUAUCUUUUUAGUUCCCAACAUAUCUUCUUCCUCUUCAGCUGGAUGGCAUAAUAAUUAUAUUCUUUGAGACAGUUCUGCAUCAAGGGCUGAAGGAUGCCAGGGAGUUGAUCUUGCACAUUCAAUACAUGGUUUAGAUAGAUAAGGCAUUGUUCUUGCUAUAAAAAAGAGGUAGCAGGGCACACAAAUUUGCAACAGAGAAAUUUUGGUUUUUGUUUCUUUCAGCCAAAGAUGAUUUAGACUCGACGUAGAGCCUCGUGAUCAUGUGCGGGCAAGGGAAGAGGCUGACAUUGUUUGAAUUCCAUCCAUUCCAAUUUGUUCAUGGAAACAUGAGACUUGAGAAAAGAAGCCGAUGAAUUAAUUGCAUCAACCAAUUACAUGGGAAUUUUGGUGGAUUCAAUGACAUCCAACUUGAGAAAAAACCACUGUCCUCAUGGUGGAUGGGAGCUUCCAUGGUGUUUGGAACAACCAAUGACUCUUACAAUGAUUCUUACCAAGACUGACUGCACUUUAUAUGCUGCCAAAUGUAACAGAACCAUUCUGCAAUGCACCACUCCAAGGAAACUAGGAGCAUCAGUACAAAGUUAACCAACUCCAAGUGGAAUAAACAUGUGUUUCAGACAGAGAAUAUCAUUGUUGAGAUGUGAUGUCAGACGAAGAAUAUCUUUGUAUGUCCUUCCUAGUUCAUACACCGGAAGUUGACUUGUCAAUUUAGUGAAAUUCAAUAAAACACUACUCUUCAUUGCAGUACUUCUGAUUGUAAUUCAUUACUUUUUCUCAGUUUGUGAAUAAGUUUAUCUUUCUGCAUCAUUAGAAGGUUCUUCUGUGCUCAAAAAGCCACAACAGUUCGUUAAGCA